UGCCAGAUUAAUAAUCAUAAACCCGAAGACACUCUGAUAUUGUAUUUAAUCUACAAUGCCGCCUCCCUUCCUUUGGUCACGUGAUGGUCAUGUGAUAUAUUCGGUUCGGUGGUAAACAAACGAAUAUGGAAUUUGUCGACACACAUUUUCAUGUAUGGGCGCUGCAGAAGUUUUCCUAUCCGUGGCCUACGCCAGAUAUGAAGAUAUACAAGGACUACUAUCCUUGUGGGCUAGAGAGCGCUGUGGAAGGGACACCGGUAAAACACGCAAUUUUCGUGCAAUGUCUUAACGGCAGCGUGGAAGAGGCUGAAUGGGUUAUGGACAUGGCAACACGUCACAGCAUUAUUAAAGGUGUCGUAGCUGGUCUCGACAUAACAAGCCCAAAGUUAGAGGAGAUGAUACAGACAUUGAAGCCUGGGAUGUUGAAAGGAGUCAGACAUAUUCUGGAUAUGGAAAAAGAUGAUUGGAUAGCACGCGAUGACGUCAGUCAGGGGCUAGAUAUCCUCGGCAAACAUGACAUAUCAUAUGAUGUACUUGUCAGACCCCACCAUUUGAAAUAUAUUCCGGACGUUGUCUCCAAGCACCAAAAUACGAAGUUCAUCAUCAACCAUAUAGCAAAACCACCAGUCAUGACAGGGAAACUGGACGGCUGGAAAGAGGAUAUGGCGGAAAUAGCAAAGUCUCCAAACGUUUCUUGUAAAAUAUCUGGAUUGAUUUCAGAACAACAGCCAGAAACAUGGAAACAAAUUGACUUUCAGCCGUUCAUAGACCACGUUUUGACGAUAUUUGGACCGGACAGGUGUAUUUUUGGUUCCGACUGGCCAGUUUUCGAGAUGGCAGAUGCAACGUACACAGAAAAUCUCUCUUUGAUACGGAAGUUACUGUCGAAGUUAGAAGAAGCGGACCAGAGAAAAAUAUUCCGAGAAAAUGCGAUAAAAUUUUAUAAUCUAGAUAUCUGACGAAUAAUGCCAUUUUCGUGAUGUGCGCAUUAUUUGCAUGAACUUUUCGUGGGUAAUUGGGGAUAGUUCUGUACAUUUUACCAUCAGUAUUUUCAUAGUGACAUGACAUAUGAAAUUAAAACAUUAUUUUCUGUA